UAGCUCACACACACAUUUGAGAUGACUCCCCUUGCUUUCAGAUCUGUCAGCACACACGGGAAACUUUUGGUAACCUGUGCAGAGGCUCGGGCCGGCUGAGUGUGCCUCCUUGCGUCUUCUCGUCUGCUCAUAUGAGUACUUGAGGAUCUUCAUCGUCCGGAGUCAUCCUUCUCUGAGUGACUGGAUAAACGACCGAGCAGAGAUGGGACCUCGCACAGCAGUGGCUCCUUCCAAGGAGGUGAAGGCAGUCGCAGGAGGGGCUCAGGGAGGAGCCCGGCUGAGGAGCAGCAGUGACGGCAGCAGAUACAGCAGCAGGAGAGGAGUCGGCCUCCAUAGCAUCACCUCCUCCUCCUCCUCCUCCUCCUCCUCCUCCUCCUCCUCCUCCUCCUCCUCACCGGUGCUCUCCAACCCCAAAUCAGUCCUGAAGAGACCAGUGAGCACAGACGAGCUGCAGACACCAGGAGGACCCUACAUCAAGAAAACAUUUACAAUUGUGGGCGACGCCGUGGGCUGGGGGUUCGUGGUCAGAGGGAACAGGCCGUGUCACAUCCAGGCCGUGGAGCCCUGCGGCCCAGCUGCUGCCGCUGGCCUGAAGGUUUGCCAGUUUGUGCUUUCCGUCAACGGGCUCAAUGUUCUGAAUCUGGACUACCGGACUGUCAGCCACCUGAUCCUGACUGGACCCAGAACGGUGGUGAUGGAGGUGAUGGAGGAGACUGAGCACUGAGCGGUGGAGGAAACACUGAUGGAUGGACAGAUGGACAGGAUGUUUGGUGUUCUGGCUUUCAUGAAACUCAUAUGUCCUGUCUGAGGUUUUCUCCAACGGACUGUAAGAACACAAAAUGAAACGGGAACCAGAACCUUGUUAGGAAUCAUUUUAAAUUAUUGAUGGAAGCCGUUUGUGUUUAGAUUUCAGGUUGGCUGAAGAAAACUUUAAGCUCAACAAGACUGUGCUGAAUGGCAGCCACAACCUUUGAGUGACAAACUAGUUUUGAGUAAUAAGUAAAUGAAAAGUCAGUCACCAUCUCCUCACCCUGACGCUGAUGGAAAGUCAGGUGAAGUUUCAUUGGAGGUCCACAGUAAAACAGCUUUGCAGCUUUCUGCUAAACAACCAGGGACUGCUUUUUAAAACGUGAGAAAAACAAUGCGCAAAUUGAUUUAAAGACCACAGUGGAGAUUUUGGCUUGAAAAAGGCUGUAAAAGAUUUUUUGUUGUUCAUGGGUUGUUUUUAAACGUUUUGAAACAGCUCCCGAGCUUCUGCAGUGAUUUCUGUUGCACAGUGGAUCUAAUGGGUCCAGUUGUAGUAAGACAAAGAUGCCAUUUUGUGGGAAAGAACAGCUCUGAUGCCAGCCUCCACAGUCACAUGAGCUCCAGCUCGGCUGUCUGUCCACGUGUGAAUGGACCAGAGACACUGGUUGUCUUUUUGUCCGUGAAGUUUGGAGGGCCUAUUUUCUGUCGCUCAUCCAAAUCUUCGUUUAUUCAUUCCAAACCAGCUUGUUGUUAAAUCAAGAUCCACAAGGCGCCGAGUGUUUCUGACAGAAAACAACAAAGUUUUCCUACUGAAAUGGUUACAGACAGGAAAAAAUAUUUUGUUGUUUAAAUGUUUAAUGAGCUGUGAGACACACUUGAGACGUUGUCUUAGAAACUGGAAGCAUUCGUGCUGUUUCUUUCACUGGGAGGUUUGGACUUUUAACCCCACCGCUCAUUACCUGCAUGCAGCGUUUACACACUCCUGCAUGCACACACACACACACACACACACACACACACUUGUUGUGUUUACUUUUCCAUCCACUCCCUGCGAUGUCAAAUUCCCGGAAAGGAAGUGUGAAGAGACAACAAGACUUCAGCUGAAGUGUGUGAAAGCACUUUCUCCUUUGGCUUUGCCUUUUUGUACCUUACUGUCUCUGUUGUCACUGUGUCGUAUGGACAGCAGGACAGCAGGACAGCAGGACAGCAGGACAGCAGGACAGCAGGACAGCAGUGAGUGUCUCUCAGCAGGCAGCCGUCUGCUCUUUGCAGACUGAGUGUGGAGACUCAGCGAGUCUCUGCUGCUGCUGCUGCUGCUGUGGUUUUCAUGCAGGCAGUUAGUCGAAUUAUGGUGAAAUAUUGAUUCAGGAGAGUGGAUUUUCUUCACAAACUGCUGUGCUUUUUGGCCAUUUCUCUCUCUGUGUAUUCACCUGUAAUAGUUUGAAUUUAUUUGACUCAAACUGUGAAUGUACUUUACACUGCAUGUGAAAAUCAAAUAAAACAAAAUCUUGACAGA